AUGCAAGAAGGAGCCAAGAUUCUAGCAUCUACUUUGAGGGAUAAGGCAAUGGAAGAGUCAUCAGAGACCCGGGCUCCAGAAGUUGUUGUGCGAGUAGAGAAAGCUGUAGAAGCUGUAAACUCAGGUUUUAUUCUAGUUCAUAUCACUGAUUAUGUUCUAGAUUCUUCCUACCCUCUAUUUGUAACCCAUAUACCAAACUCUUAUCAAUCACCUAUACAUUCUUCUAAACACACACCCUCACCAAAAUUUAACAUGUUUCAGCCUUUAGAGAUUGUCAUGUAUUCCCCUAAAUCAACCUCAACCUCAAGCUCUAAUUCUGAUGAAUCAGAUUUUAUACCUAUAAAAGUCACACCACUGCAAGCCAUACCUUUAUAA